AUGGCUAUCUCUUGGGUCGGCCCAUCAGUGGCCGGGGUGGCAGUGCUCUGCUCUGCUGUCGUGUUCGUCCUAUAUCAGAGAUACGGGCCAGGGUUGAGAUUCAUCCCGGGACCCUUUGCGGCGUCUUUCACCGAUUUGUGGCGUUUCGUGGCCGUGUACAAUGGCCGAUUCGAACUGACUUCGCAGGCCCUGCACGACAAGUAUGGCGACUUGGUUCGCAUAGGGCCGAAAUGCGUCAGUGUGGCCGAUCCCAGGGAGAUCAGACAGAUCUACGGUAUAUCGAGGCUCUUUCAGAAGUCCGACUAUUACAGAGUGGCGCAGCCUCUUGUCAACGGCAAACCGGUCACCUCGCUCUUCAUGAUCCUCGACGAGGACCAGCAUAAGAUCGCAAAGAGACCGAUCGCGCAUGCGUACGCCAUGACGAGCUUGCUUGAUUACGAACCGUUUGUGGACAGCACGUCGCGGACGCUGGUCGAGCAGCUCACACGGCUGUACGCGGACAAGGGCAAGGUGUGCGAUUUUGGCGAGUGGCUCCAGUGGUACGCGUUCGAUGUCAUUGGCGAGAUGACGUUCAGCAACCGGUUCGGCUUCCUCGAGCAGGGCCGUGACGUGGACGGCAUCAUCAAAGCAUUGAACAAGGCUGGAACGUAUGUGGCAUUGGUCGGGCAGAUGCCCUGGCUCGACUACCUGCUGGCCAAGAAUCGGGUAUGGGGAGGAGUUUUCUCAAAGAACAAGACGGGAAUCUCGAAGUUUGUCUUGCAGUUUUUGAAGCCGCGGAUCGAGGAGGCGGACAAGGCACGACUGCGUCCAGAUGGCAAAAAGACGCCACUGGAGUUCAAGGACCGCACCGACUUCACGGCCAAGUUCAUCUCGGCCUUUGACAAGUAUCAUGGCUCGAUUCCGCAGUCGCAGCUGCUGGGCUGGUCACUGAGCAACAUCAACGCAGGAUCAGACACGAGUGCCAUCGCCUUGCGCGCCAUCUUUCAUUUUCUACUCCUCAACCCCUCCACCAUGGCCAAGCUGAUGGCUGAACUGGACUCGGCCAACUUGUCACCCCUCCCGCAGUGGCGCGAGACAAGCCACCUCCCUUAUCUGGGCGCGGUCAUCAAAGAGGCCCUGCGUCUCCACACGCCCGUCGGGUUCAUCCUGGAACGCAUCGUUCCCAAAGGAGGAGCCACUCUCUGCGGCCACUUCUUCCCCGAAGGCACCAUCGUCGGCUGCAAUCCCGCCGUCAUACACAGGGACAAGCGCGUCUACGGCCGACGGUACUCUGUCGACUCAUACCGACCGGAGCGGUGGCUCGAGGCCGACGACGAGGAAAGGGGCGAGAUGGAGAGGUGUUUUAUGGCCUUUGGGAGUGGCAAGAGGACGUGUAUCGGGAAGAACAUCAGUCUGCUCGAAAUGUACAAGUUGGUACCGCUCCUUUUGAAGCGCUUCAAGUUCCGGCUCACGGAUCCCGACAAGAAGCUGACAAUCUGGAAUACAUUCUUUGUGCAUCAGAAGGGGUUGGAUGUCUAUAUAGAGACUGCUUAG